AUGUCUUUGUUCUCCUGGUUUUUCACUCUGUGGCACUCAUCAGCCUCGUCCCUGCUCCUUGUGGGGCUUGUGGGCAGACAGCUGGGGCUCAGGGUGGGACUGCAGGUGGCUCAGACUGCGACAUGUUCUCAGUGGAGUACACCAAGUAACCAGGGUCUGUUCCAGGAUGGAGAUGUAGUUAUUGGUGGGCUUUUUAGAAUUUAUAACAACCCUCCGGCUUUAGAUCACAACUUCACUCAGCUGUCACAGUACAAAUCCUGCAUUGGUUUGGAAAACCUUCCAUUACAGUAUGUGUAUGCUAUGGUGUUUGCACUGGAGGAAAUCAACCAUAGUACAACACUGCUACCAGGUGUGAAGCUGGGCUACCGUAUUCAUGACAGCUGUGCCUUUCCCCUGUGGGCUGUGCAGGCAGCACUGUCACUAGCUGCAGGAAACAGCACCAGCUGUAACUCAGCAGCCCUGCCAGAGUAUUCUGCUGGGUAUGGAGAGGAAAUCAACAAUAGCCAAGGUGAUGAGCCUGUUCCUUUGAUCAUUGGUGGUGACUCAUCUGUAACAGCCCAGAUACUUGCUACCGUCCUGGGGCCGAUCUCAGUGAGCUAUGCAGCAAGCUGCUCCUGCCUAAGUGACAGGCACAAGUUUCCUAACUUCUUCAGGACUAUACCCAGUGAUAUUUACCAAGCCUGGGCCAUUGCCCGGCUUGUCCUACACUUCAGUUGGACCUGGAUUGGAGCAGUGGUAGCAAGCAAUAAUUAUGGCCUAACAGCAAUAAAGAUAUUUCAGGAGGAGAUUCAGGGGGCAGGAGUGUGUCUGGCAUUUGUAGAAACUCUCAACAGGGAAAACAUUGUGAGUGAUGCCAGACGAGCAGCCCUCACAAUUCAGGCCUCGACUGCAAGAGUGGUUCUUAUUGUUGCCUGGUAUACAGAUGUGAGGGAACUGUUUGUGCAACUAGCCAAGAUAAAUGUGACUGACAGACAGUUUCUGGCCAGUGAGGCUUGGAGCACCAGUGGUGACUUUCUCCAAAGUCUUGUCACAAGUCAAGUGGCAAGUGGUGUUGUUGGUGUUGCCAUUAGAAGUUCAACUAUACCUGGCUUUGAAAAUUAUAUCAGAAGUCUCAACCCAUCUCACCGUCCUGUUGACAAGUUCUUAAGAGAGUUUUGGGAAAAGGUGUUUGGUUGUAGUCCUGGAGCCACACCUUUAUCUUCAAAUGCCUCUUCACCACCUUCUCUUGCAAGCACAUUGCUUCAAGAAGCUUCUCUACCUCUCUGCAAUGGCACUGAGUCCCUAGAGGGAGUGCAAAAUCACUUUACUGAUGUCUCUCAGCUACGGGUGACAUAUAAUGUCUACCUUGCUGUUUAUGCUGCAACAGGUUCCCCUCAUUGUGAGCGUUGUCCAUCUGAGUUCUGGUCCAAUGUUGAACGAACUGCCUGCAUCCCUAGCCAACUGGACUUCCUUUCAUUUAAUGAAACACUGGGCAUUACUCUGACUACAGCAGCUGUGUUUGGUGCUGCAGUGACAACAGCUGUGUUUGUGGUGUUUCUUUCCUACCGUCAAACACCUAUGGUGCGAGCCAACAACUCAGAACUGAGCUUCCUGCUUCUUUUGUCACUGAAGCUCUGCUUCCUGUGCUCACUGGUGUUCAUUGGUCGUCCGUCAGUCUGGACUUGUCGGCUUCAGCAGGCAACAUUUGGGAUGAGCUUUGGUCUUUGUGUUUCCUGCCUCCAAGUUAAAACCAUAGUUGUUCUGGCAGCAUUCCGCUCAGCUCGGCCUGGUGCUGAAGCCUUGAUUAGAUGGUUUGGUCCAGGCCAGCAGAGAGGAAGUGUCUGUUUUCUUACUUGUAUACAGAUAAUCAUCUGUGUCACAUGGCUGUCUCUUAGUCCCCCUGUGCCUCAACGUGAUCUGGGUUUCCAAGGGUCAAAGGUCACUUUGGAAUGUGCCAUGACCUCCGUGGUGGGCUUCUCACUGGUUCUGGGGUACAUUGGUCUGUUGGCCUGCACCUGCCUCAUACUAGCCUUUCUUGCACGAAAACUCCCUGACAACUUCAAUGAGGCCAAACUGAUCACUUUCAGCAUGCUGAUUUUCUGUGCAGUUUGGGUGGCCUUUGUCCCUGCUUAUGUUAGCUCUCCUGGGAAGUACACUGUUGCCGUAGAGAUUUUUGCAAUCCUGGCCUCUAGCUAUGGUUUACUCAUCUGUAUUUUUGCUCCAAAAUGUUUCAUCAUCCUUUUGAGGCCUGAGAGAAACACUAAGAAACACCUGAUGGCCAGGUAG